GUUGCAGCCCAUCCAAACGCUACUGAAAGGCACCAGAAAAAGGGGGAACAAACUACUAAUUUUCAUGCAAAAGCUUUGUAGGAAAGGAGGACACGGAGCUGUGUGAGGAGAGGGAUACUUCUGGCACUACGAGGCGUAGCAGCUUAGCUGAGGACCGGGCUUCGGAGUGAGGGGAGACGUGUAGCCGCUCAGCGCUGCCGCUACACUUGUAUGCACAAACCGGAGGAGCCCCUCUGACUUUCUCCCGCUUCAUUUCCGCCUAAUGCCCCAAUACCCAACCCGAACUGGUGUCCAGACCGCGUGGGGGUAACCGACGAGUUCCCUGAGAGCUACGUUUGGAUGAAAGCUGGGAUGAAAUGUAAAGAAACAACAGCAGAGUAAAGACGACUGACCACCAAGGGGCGGAGACGAGGCGGACCACACAACGCAGGAGACCUGGGGAAUCAUUAACCGCACACAAAAACACACUAUGACUGAUUGGAUCUCGCUCCACCCCCCGACUCCCUGAGACUGACACCCACCUCCAGCCCAGGCCCCGCCCACUGACCUCUAACCUCUUCCAAAUCUUUGGAUUUCACACCGAGCCACACCGUACCGACCUCAAAUCGUUUUCCUCUGGAGACCCCCCCGGCCAUCCUCCCCAAAAAGAAACACCCUGGGACGGGACCCUGUCAUGUUUUACUGAGGGUCCCUUCCCACCUGGCGAAUGACAAGUGUGCAUUCGAGGGGGGGGCUUGCCUCAGUCUCUCAUGAUUGGCUGCUGGAUGGAAUUAAGGUGAAUGGAACACGUGCCCAAGGAGCAGGACCCUAACCCAUCAGAGGGAGAAGAGAAACGGUGGCUCAAUGGCCCGAAAAGGAAGAGAAAGAACAGCCAAUGUUCGUUGAAGAGUAUGACUGCACGUUGUCUGAGUGACAGCUCCAAAUCCCCCGAGCUGAAAGAAGCGAAUAAAGACGGGUACAUCCCCAGCUACCUCGAAAAGGAUGAGCCGUGUGUGGUUUGUGGCGACAAGGCCACAGGCUACCACUACCGCUGCAUUACCUGCGAGGGCUGCAAGGGCUUCUUCCGUAGGACCAUUCAGAAGAACCUCCACCCCAGCUACUCCUGUAAGUACGAUGGCUGCUGCAUCAUCGACAAGAUCACCCGCAACCAGUGUCAGCUUUGCCGCUUCAAGAAGUGCAUUGCAGUGGGCAUGGCCAUGGACUUGGUGCUGGAUGACUCGAAGCGGGUGGCUAAACGGCGUCUGAUUGAAGAGAACAGGCAGCGACGCAAGAAAGAGGAAAUGGUGAAAACCCUCCAAAACCGUCCAGAGCCCACUGACAGCGAGUGGGAGGUGAUCCACCUGGUGACGGAGGCCCACCGGCACACCAACGCUCAGGGCGCACAGUGGAAACAGAAGCGCAAAUUCCUGCCAGAGAAAAUCGGCCAGUCCCCGGCUGCUCCCACGUCAGACGGAGACAAGGUGGACCUGGAGGCCUUCAGCGAGUUCACCAAGAUCAUCACUCCUGCCAUCACCCGUGUCGUCGACUUUGCCAAAAAAAUGCCCAUGUUCUCUGACCUACCGUGUGAAGACCAGAUCAUCCUGUUGAAGGGCUGCUGCAUGGAGAUCAUGUCGCUGCGAGCCGCCAUCCGCUACGACCCCGAGAGUGAGACGCUGACGCUGAGUGGGGAGAUGGCCGUGAAGCGGGAGCAGCUGAAGAACGGCGGGCUGGGCGUGGUGUCGGACGCCAUCUUCGAUCUGGGCAAGAGCCUGGCGCAGUUCAACCUCGACGACACAGAGGUGGCGCUGCUACAGGCCGUGCUGCUCAUGAGCUCAGAUCGCUCUGGCCUGACCUGCAUGGACAAGAUCGAGAAGUGCCAGGAGACCUACCUGCUGGCGUUUGAGCACUACAUCAACUACCGCAAGCACAACAUUCCUCACUUCUGGCCGAAGCUCCUAAUGAAGGUGACCGACCUGCGGAUGAUCGGGGCGUGCCACGCCAGCCGCUUCCUUCACAUGAAGGUGGAGUGUCCCAAUGAACUCUUCCCCCCGCUCUUCCUGGAGGUCUUCGAGGACCAGGAGGUGUGAAACACAAUUCCCACCACGCAAAGGGAAGAGGAAGUUGGGGCAAACUGAGAGAUGGAAGGGCCAUCGUUUUUACAGGGAAAGGAUGGAGGAAGAGUCCUCUCGGCAGGAAUCUGCAUUCCUCCGACAUUGCAUUUACAGAUGUGGUUUAAAAACUGGAACCAACCAAUACACAAACAACACACCAGCAACAGGAGAGUCGAGCAAACAGAGGAUUUUUGUUUUUCGACAGCCCUCUCCUCCACCUAAUUCUCCUCCUUUUACCUACCCCUGUUUCAAAAUCUGUGUGGGGGCCCUUCUGUCUGAGGAUGAUGUCUUAUUUAGUAAGAGUUGUAUCCAUUUGCCAAGACACUUGCACGCACGCACACACACACACAAACACACACAUGCACGCACACACACAAACACACACAUGCACAUACACACACAGCCACAGCCUGUUCCACCUCAGUUCUUCAGAGCAGCGCUCUUUUCGGGGGUCCUUUCCCCCUCUCGUGUUCUUUUUUUGAACGGUCACCGAUUUACACACCUUUUUAAAGCCCAUGUUUCCAGCUGCCAUGCUGGCCAGCACCUCUCAGUAUUAUUUCUGAAUAAGUGUUAAGUCAGUAAUUCAGAAAAUAUGGACAACGGUGACAUUGAUAUUGAUGCUCACAGUCAUGCAGGCACAUGCAAUCAGCAAACACUGCACAGUGAAAUUUCAGCAAAUGCUUUAAGCAUUACUUUGGUGUAAAAUGGCUGCUGUAUAGCAGAGCUACCAGACUUAGUCUUAUUAUCGAUUCCUCAACUCAAUCUGAGCCGUUACAGCUGUUUCUGGGUAUCUUAUUCGAACCCAGUGAUACCGGUGCUAUAUUUAUAAAAGGCUACUCCAGUUUUAUGAAAUUGUGUUGUCUGCCUUUGAAAAGUAAUGUGCAGAACAUGGCUCCAUAUCUACCUUCAUAUUUUUGUCAUUGGACCGGCUCCUGUGACAUACACACACACACACACACACAUUUACACACAUUUGAGCAGAUUUGCCUUGUCAUUGCCCGAGCUGCUUGUGUGAGAGCCCUUCUGGCUUUUUAAUGAAAGUUAAACCCUUCUCUCUCCAAGGAGUUACUGCAUUGAAAUAAAGAAAGGAAGAAAAAAGAAAGAAAGGAAGGAUGUGAGAGGAGGGAGGAGAAGAGAUGGAGAGAGGAAUCCAGAUUUAAUUGCUGGACUGUAGAGUCAGAGCCAGGGUCAGGAGUAAAUCUCCCACACACAGCCUCCAAGGAGGUUUUCAAUAGCAGCAACUACCAGCGAGGCAGCAAAGCUCAACUCGACAAACACACACACACACACACUCUUUUUCUCUCUGUAUUUUUCUCACACAGACACACAUUAACAUGAAAACACACAUCACCUCAGAGUAACAUGAAUGCCUCAUUUUACUGUAUGCACUGCACGUCAGUGUCAAUAUACAGCCCUAACCUGCAGGGUUUGUUCAGAGUCCCCUCCUCACGGACUCAGCUCAGUGUGGCCCCUCCAGGCUUCCAUACACAUUUGCCUUGUUUUACCAUGGGCAUCACUGAGUGCAGGCAAAUGCCAAGAAGGCUACCAUUUACCUCAAAGUGGAUACACCCCCAGGCUGGGGCGGCACUACUGCCCCUGUGGUGUCAGGCACUACCUCACCUCUGUGGACACGGGGCAGCUGCCCACAGCCGACACACAGACAUACACCAUUUGAGUUGGCGCAUGUGUAGGCUAACACAGAAAUGUGCAUAAUAUUUACGUCGGUGCACACUUGUAGUCAGGAAUUGACAAAACACUCAUAGACACACACACACAUCCUCAGUUCUAUCACUUGGUUGAAAUGAAAUACCAUUGAAGACAGGAGGGCCAGCCAUCCCCCCGGAUGGUUCUACCGACUCCAGGGAAUGGUACCCAUUACAUUCGGGUUAUCUCUUUUCGUUAUAUGGGACCAAAUGUCGUCUUUUGAAAUUUGGAUUUACCCCGUUUCUGUCAGAACAGAAGCCGACUCACAGGAGCGACGAAGGACACUGUAGAUGUGCAGCCCAGCUGACACCCAUUUGCGCAAGUAGCAAGAGGAUAGAUAACAGAGUACCUAGAACCCGCAUCGGCCACGCCCGUUGAAUUAGCAUGCAGAGAAAGGGCUGUUUGCUUCUGCAUUAUGGCUAUCUUCCAUAGUACACUCAUGAUGGCUGUCCUUGGAUCUUGAUAAAUAUUUUCUCUGAAAUAAGCUUUCUCUGAUGCAUGGACAGUGCAUUAGACUUAAAAAGGUACAAUGUUCUAAACCGAAAUGAAGCUUCUUAAACUCAAAAGCUCUUUUAGUCUCAUGCACUUUACCAAUGCUCACCACUAUAACGGUAAUAUCUCACUGCAAUUAUAUCCAUGGCAAAUAUCAUAGUGUACUAGCCAAAGGACCAUUCACCAAUGUUGAUUGAUUAGAUAAAAGCCCACUCUGUUCAUUCCAAUUCUGGGGCCAUGCCAAAUCUAACUGGGUUUACCACUCUUACAAGAAGAGAAUGAAAGAAAAGAGAGACUAAGAAAAUCUAUUUUAUACUCAACGCCAAACAGUACUUCAUACUUGGCACUUGUACAGGAUGGCUAAUCUGCACCCCUCGGGAGCACCCAAGCAGAGCAACAUGUGGCAGGGAUCAUGGGUAAUCGUCACAAAUGGCCAUGCCUCGCUGCUUCGACGUCUAGAGCAACGCUGGGAGGCGAGAGGAACUGGAACGCCACCUUUGGGCAAAAUUGUGGAGCCUGGUCUGACUCCCAGAAGAAUCCCCUUCACAAGCAUCAUCCUCACUUUUAGAGAUCCAUCCCAUAGCCUUACCCUAAUCUAGCCUAUGUCCUUUCUGGAGCCUAGCUUUGACUAAAUUGUACCCCCACCAACAUUAUAACAGCCCCCACCUAGCCUGGCUGGUGGGAGCUUUUGCACUACUGCAGCGACCCCCUACUCAUCAAACCAACACCUCUUGUUGGAUUCCCCAUUUGCGUCCCUCACCAAAACUCCCGUCAUUUAGGGUGCGUUUGGUGCGGGACGCUCCUUACGAAGGUGAGUUUUGGUGGCUCUGUGUAACAGAGGCUGGCCGUUGAAGUGGGCUCAGUCCCAAACCUGACCCGUUGUCAGUAUUAGACCCACAGCACAUGACCCUCACCCUUAAAUCAUCCCAACCAGGGGCGUAAAGAGAUCCCUGCGUAGGAGGGCUGUGCACAGUAGCACUUAUUAAUUCUCCUUGUAGUAUCCAUUUCCCUGAUUAUCCUUCCUAUAGAGUCAGCCCAGUGACAUUUCAAAUUCAGAGCCCUCCCUUCAAUCAUCUUCUCUCCCCCUCUCCUCUUCACGAAGCACCCUAGCUAUCCUACCCACCCACCGCCGAGUGGGAUGCGCCCAGUUUGGCCCAGAAUCAUUGACACCAAACGGGAUCCAGGCCACUUCCUUGUGAGACAAGGCUGGCCAUAUCUGCCCUUUAGUGUGGCGCCACCGAAUGAAUGUGAAAGGCAAAGCAGCAGCGUUGGGAACGAGAGACUUGAACGCGAGAUUGUGAAGAUGCGAGAGAAGAAAGCGUCGGACAGGAAACACAAAGCUGAGGGUCCGCGACCCUCACUGCCAUCAUUGACAUGGGUGACAGAGGGUGAUGUGGUCGGACGAUGCUAACAAACACUCGGAGGAAGGGGAGACGGCAGUGUUGGAAUAUGUAGCGUCUCCCCUUUCAGUUCCCACAACGACCACAUAUGAGCCCCUGCUCCCAUGCCAGCUGACAACCCCAAAUGUCCCCCUCAGCUCCCUCCAAAAGGAUAACCCCCCACCUGUCAUGUAGUGAGGAUCAGAACGUGAUCGCUCAUUCCAGAGAUGUAGGUUUGGAAUUCCGACACAUCUUUGCAAAAGAACUGAAAAAGAGAAAAAAACCCUAUUGAUGUCCUUUGUUCUCGUGAGCUGACUGGAUAUGUGUGUGUGUGACAGUCGGGGUUAUAAUGCUGCUUUACUUUCUGAGUCUGAUUCAGAUUCAGAAAAAAAGAUAUAUGAAAUGAUUAUAAAUCCACAAAACACAAUGAAAAGAGAUGACUUUUUAAAAAACAGACUCCUGAACAAAAUUAUUGGAGAAUUUUUCAUUUUAUCAUUGUUUUCUUAUUUUUCUGUUUGUUUUUUGACGCUUAAACUGCUCUGUGUAAAAAAGGUUUAAAAAACAGCUCUAGUCACUUUUUGACCAUGCGUGCAGUGUAACAUAGACAAUAUUUCACUUCUUUUUCACAUCUAUACUUUGUGUUGAUAAGCCAACUGAUCUAUUUGUCUGUGUGUCUGUCCAGUUGUCCGUCCCCUUUUAUCAGGAGGAAUUUACAACCAACAAAACAGGAAUUUCUUUUUUAUAUUUUUCUUUUUUUAUGAAAUACAACUUUGGAGAAAAAAAAACACAAACAGGAAAAAUAAUGCAACAGAAACUGAAAAUACAAAAAAAAAAAAAACAAUCUUGUCGUACCUCACACAACACAACACUCAAAGGAACUUGGGAGGAGUCAUAUUUUGCAGGCACAUGUGAAAGUUCAGAGAUGCAUAUAUAGAUUUAAAACAAAUGUAUAUGUUAAGAUAAUAUGUGCUUGUGUGUACGCAUCAGUAGAAGUUACAAAAUGACUCUUCCCUCAAACUUUUGUGCUCUACCUUCUUUGGUUGUGAGACGUUAGAGACCAUCAGCUAACGUGUAGUUCUCCAACUUAAAAAGGCACAGUCUUUAGACAGUGAACUUCAAAAUGUGAAUAGCCCAGAGACUGAGGGACUAAGACUUUUGUAAUGGCUGACAGUUUUAUGGUAUUGAAUGUAGCUGACAGGAGGGGGCUGGACCUGAGCGCGGCACCCACAACCCAACUUCCACACACCAGCAGAAACUAUAUUGGUGUCACAUAGACGUUACCAACCUACAACUAAACUGAGAAUAUAUAUUGCCCAUCUGCAAGGUGCAAUACUAUGUUGUGUAUUUUUGUAUGUUUUCUGUUUUUGAUUUUAUUUGUGUUUUUAUUUACAUUUUAUUGUUGGCCAUAACCAAGGAUGUAAAUACAAAAACAUACAACACUCGAGAUUUAUUGCAACAAAGUACAUUUAACCUCUCCAUCCCGCUCCAAUGUAAGAGGAGGGAAAAAAGCAAAGUAAUGUGUAAUGCUUCAUACGUUAUUGUGUGUGUGUGUGUGUGUGUCUGUGUGUCUGUGUGUGUGCACUCUCUCACAUGUGCAUGCUGAUCCAUAUUCAGAAGUGCCCCGUGACAUUAAUCAUGAACCCUGUGCCUCCUGUUGUUUGCAAAGAGAUAGAUGCGUACCCCUCAAAUUCUCACAACGACACCACACACCACACAUGAAUGUCUAUAGUUAUGUGUGUGUGUGUGUGUGUUCACCUAUGGAAUCAGUUCUUCCAAACUCUUGAUGUGAGUGUUGCCAGCAGCCACAGUGGCUAAAGGUCUGCAGGGCAGUGAGGUGGUUUGAUGAGUACAGUGGGAGAGGCAGAUGAAUAGAACAUAAGCAGGUUAAUAUUGAAGUGAAUGUCAGCUAGCGUGGCUGCAAAGCACACGCAUCAAGGUUGGAAACCGCCAACAUGGAUUUCCCCAUUCGUCCACCAUCCCAUUGCCUCCCAGAAGCCAGCCUCAAAACCUCUUGCUCAGUUUGUGAUACAAGGUGGUCAUAAACCUGAACCAGGGACUAUUAGAGGUUCAAUUUGUAGUCAUUUCAUGUGUCUUUUUUAAAAUCCAGAUUCAAUACGUUGUUAUUAACACUAGGCAACAUAUAUGUAUCUCUUAUUGGACGGAUCAUGUCUUUGUUUAUGCGGGCUAUAUGCAAUUUGGAUCUGAAGCUCCUCAAAACAUGAGAAGCUCUAGAAGCUUCAUCUAUCUACAGCUUACUGAUGUAGUUACACUUAAGAGUGAACAUUACAGAUGCAUUCAGACUUUUCCACAUCUGGCAAGAAUGCACCUGAAUACUCUUCUCGCACGCAUUCAAAUGUCAAUCCUCUGAUAUGCAUUUCUACUGCAGUCCAAUAACGGUCCACUCUGCCCGAGACACAUGAAGUGUAAACUGAGUCUUAGCUGGUGAUGAAAGUUUGAACUCUAGCCCCAUAUAUGUUUUUCAUUUCUUCCUGGCAUAAGCUGAAAGUCAUUUGGUCUCUGAUGACACCCAGACUACCGCAAAUUGCGUUAGCAGCACCACAACAUGCAGAGAUUCAAGGCUGGCUCUGCGGGGGCAAACUCAUCCCAUCCAUAAAUAUUAUGAUCCUGAUUUAUUCUCACAUGUUGACAUGUUGGACAAGGGUGGAGAUUGUCUGUUUUUUGGCUUCAUGGUUGUGUUUGGUCCCCCCCUAUGCCAAAUGUAGAGUUUGUGAAGAUACGCAAGUAGCAAGAUGUCUAUGCAAUUUCCCUCCUGCUCCCUCCCACAGAAAAGCUCAACGUAACAACAGCGAGCCAGUCCUGCUUGUAAAAUUUGGCCUGGCUUGAAUUCCAGAUGUUCUGGACAUCUCGCUACUUAUAUCAGCGGGGGUCUGGACUACCUUGGUGAGCUGGCCUUUAGCCCAGCUGACUGCCUCUCUCCACGGUAGAACAAGUAGGAGGGGUACUGGGGAUGUUGUGGAGAAUAAGGAUUCUACGAGAUGUGCUGUUUAUUUGUAAACUGCUCAGAAAGUGGUGUGUGUGCAUUUAUGUGUGUGUUGUUUGGAGGUUUGGGUACGUCUUCUUGAUGCGAUGCUCUCAUCGUUGGGUGGGUCCAACGUUAGGGCCACGAAUUACAAGAUUUAGAAAAUCCCCUUAACUCACUUGUCUGCAAUAUGUGUGUAAAGCUUUAAUUGUUUCUAUCCUGCGACCAACUUAAUGUAAUGAUAAAGAGUGGGUGUUUGAUGUCUAUCAGUGGGAAACAUAGCAUAGCUACGUUUACCUAACCUAUUCCUCUACUUUUUAGACAUGAGGAAAGGAUUUGACCUGACUUGUAAUCGAGAAAAAAUGAUAAACAUCUACAACCUACUGAGCCCCCGUUGAACAUGAGCACUUAACUCAAAUGCACUUUGAACGGCCCAAACCAAUCCACGAGACGUGGAAGGAUCUUUGGUGAUAAUAAUUGUGCUGACAGGAAAAAAAAGUCAAAUUGCACCCAAGCCAAAUGCCUUUUGUAACGUUAAUUGUUUUUCAAAUUAGUUUAACCCGAAAAUGAGAGUUUCAGCCUUAAGGCACCUAAUGACUAAUUAUAAAGUUUACGAUUCUUUUUGUAUUGAAGUGCAAUAAGUGAGUGAGUGAACCUUUUGGCGUAGUUCUUAUCUCAGCAGAUCUUUUUUAUGAUUGUGGGAAAAUAGUAAUCUCAUGAUUGAUUCUAAAAUGUUCCCACCCAUGAGAGCAUCAGCUUAGACCCGCUCCACACACACACACACAAACAUGCACACACACACACACAGACCACUUUGUGUGACUGGGUAAAGGAAGCUAUUGAAGGAUUCUCUCAGGUAAAAGAACAUUUUCUAAUAAAUGAUGAUGAACCUUAGAUGAAAAAACAUUGUUAGCUCCUCUUUUUUUUUGUCUUCUCAAUUUACAAUCAGCAAUGUACCUUUUGUUCUGUUCUGUGUUCGCUCCAGAUUGAAAUGGUAUAGACAUCCAGGCUUCAAGGAUUUGGGUCGUGUGUCUACCUCAAAUACUAAAGUCAUUGCUUUCUUAGCCCUUAAUGAAAACACAUGACUUCAUGUGUGGAGGUGGGACAGUGUUUUCUGUCUUGUUUGAGAGUGGGAGUUGUUUGCUUAUGUUUUGUGCUGCUCCAUAUGGAACCCCAUUCCUGCCAGGAAAAGACAAAUGAAUUGUAUUUAUGCAGCCCCAUAUCACAAAUGUGCCUCAAAGGGCUUUACAAUCUGUAUUUAAAACAUUGAAUAAACCUCCCUCUUCAUUUACUGACAGACAUGCAAUACAUGUCAUGUGUACAGAAUAACCAACAAAAUUACGCCAUGGGCUGGGAUGUCAAAAUAAUGGGUAUAUUAUAAUCGUGAAGAAUAUGGCUCUUAAAGCAACUUCCAGAUGUUACCAAACAGACCAGCAUGGAACAAUGUUUCCUAUUAUUCAGAGAACAGUGCAGCACAAAUGGCCUACCUCGCACCUUUUAGAAAAGGGAAACAUAAAUGGUGUUUCUGCACCAUCAUUUGGAUCAGCUCAAACAUAAUGGACUCUUCCUUGGCCCAUGCUACACCCUAAGAGUCAUUUCUCUAAUCCUGCUGACAAACAGACGACCACAUUCUAAUUUGAUGAGCGUAAUUUGAAGAACUGAGGCGAAAACAUAACAUCCUAUACGGAGGUAAUGAGGCAACGACAGCCAGGGGAGACAGAAAAGGUCACGGGACGGCUGAUGGUUAAGCACAGGGAAGCCAGAGAGAGAGAGAAGGAGAGGGGCACAGUGCUUUAGGGUUUAGAGAUGAAAUGGUUUUGAGAAAGUGUACUGUAUUCUCAUCGGUAGCAUGAACCAAAACAACUUUGUCAAGGUAACAGUUCAAAUGGAAAAUGGUCUGACACUCCAAUUCUACUUUGAUUAUUUGUAUGGGAAUAUUUAUUCUACUCCCAGGGUCUUCUUAGAUGUUUUAUUAGGCUACUUAAAGCUAUGGCCUUAUUCGAUAAAUAUUCAAAUCACCAAUUGUUUAAUAUCUCAUUAGACAAAGUAAUGUCUCGAAUUUCUUCUUAAAUUUGAAAUAAGGGCCAAAAGUAAUGCUAAUCUAACAACGAGAGCGAUUAAGUCCCCUAUUAUUAUAAAAGUUCAACCAACGGUGUGAACAAGUGGUAAACCAGUUCACAGUCAAGAGAAGGGACUGCAGGUCCACACACCACCAGUGGCUUCCUUUUACAACCUACUCAGCCCCAAAACAGCACAUGUAUGAAGCUAUUUGGAGUGCCUUGAAAUGUAAGGUAACAUUAGUAUGAGCUUUUUAAACUGAGGAUCUGAUCUCUCCAGAGAAGACCCCCUAAACCCUGUGGAUGACUCGAGGCUACGUUUGUUAGCUAGGCUAGCGUAAACAAAAGGAAAUUACAUUCUAUGGAUAAACUCUACUCAUGGCAAAUCAAAAAUGAAAUGUUGGUCAGUAGUUUACUUUUUACCUCAUAAUUCCAAAAUCUCAAAAGUUAAGAUAUAUUAUCAAAGGGAAUUAUUUUUGACCUAAAAAAUCCAGGAUGAUACGGGCAUCAUUUAGAUCAUGAAAAUUACAAUCUUAGAAAUGUUGAUUUGCUGUCAGUAUCUAGAUUUCUUCAUCUCUGAAUUAUGUUUUAUUAAUGACUUUAAAACGUUUUAUUUUUUCUUACUUUGAGUUAUAUAAUUAUAUUUAUUUCUAGCAUCCCCAACCUUUCCUAUUCCUGGCAGGAAUGGGCUUCCAUAGCACAGCAAGAAAGGAUCCAGCGGACCUAUCUUAAAUCCCAUUUUCUCAUAAACACGUGCCAUGGUGUUCAAAGUCAACUCAGCCCGUCCUGUCAGUAGUAGUCUUUGCACUUUCUCCCUUUACGGUCAAAGUGGCAGCAGCAACAUGCAGCUCCCCCCCAGUUGGUUAAUGGUGUACAUACAACUGUACUUGGCUCCCUUCCAAGCCACGCACCAUCCAGCCUUGAGGGGAUCAGGGGGGGGGGGGGCUUUGUUCCUCCAUCUCUACGCCUGUUCUAUUUCAGUGUGCUUACUGUUUAGCUGUGUGAUGUACCGAAAGAAUGGCAUGGCUAAAAACCAAGGCUCUGCGUGUGUAUAGGUGUGUGCAUGUGAAUGUCAGCAUCCAUGCUCAUGUGAGAGAACUGUAGUGUGUGAACUUUGCUUUGAACAUCCUGCUAUCAGAUCAACCUCCUCCUUCCCUUCCGAGUCCAAAAGCACCUUUUCAGGCCGUGGUACAUGACAGAAGUCUGUAAAACAGAGUCCUGUCACAGACGUGUAUUAUUUCCUUUGAAGAAUGUAACUAAAAUUGUGUUCAUCGGGCUAAAAGAUAGUCUUUGAAGCCAUUGUUACAGUUUAUGAGGGUGGUGGGGUUGCAGGACAGGAACACUGAAUUGCAAGAGUGGAAUAUUUCAAAAAUAAAAGCUGCAGGAAUUCUCACAAUCAGACGCUUCUGGCAGACCGGCUCAGAUAAUGCCGCGCCUGCAGUUUGAGGCUUUAUCAUUUUGUUUCUCUUUCCAUAUGAUGGCCUUAUUGAUUGCUUUUGUAUCCUUCCUCCAUGUGGUAUUGUUCUACAGCGUGUUUCAUAGGGCACCGGAGGAUCUAUUAUGAAGGCUCGAUUUAGAAAAACCCACGUUAUGUAGUUGGAUCUCUGGUAAAGAGUUUAGUGUGCUGGGUGGUAGCAGUUUAGGACUCCGAGAGUGAUUUUUAGGUUAUCGUGACACAAAAUAUUGAAUAAGCCAAUACUCUUUGUGGCCAUUUCAGUUCAACAAAUCAGUAGAGAAUAUGUAAGCCUUCAUGAGCUGAAUCAUGCCAUAUCGGCUUAUUGAGCGCGCUGUCAACAUUAGAUGCGCGUUCAGACUGUUUGCAAUUUCAAAUGUGACUGUUAGAAUACUGAUUGGCAGCCAACACGUAUGUGAGGCAUUGUGUAAAUGAAAGUUGUUAUGAUCAUGAUGACAUUCCUUUCCUUUUCCAAUGGCACAUGGAGCUCCUUUCACUGCACUAGACAUUAGGAAUAGCUUUGAGCGGACACUAUCACGGUCCUAUUGCCUAGUACACCAAAUCCCAAGAUGGAACUAACAGCACUUAUAGGUGUUGCAGCGGUUUUGUGCUGCUCGGACGAUCUAAAAGGAAAUUUAUAGUCAUGGAGAUAUUUUUAUAAACGGGUGGGAAAUCACAUGCCUAGACAGCUAAGAAUGUACACAAAUUAGCUUAUCUAUAAUUAGUCUAUUAAUCAGGAAUAUAGAUCAGAUAUUAGAUCAGUGAUGUGAAGUGUAGAGUAGCUUGGGGAGAUGCUUAUGAGGAAAAUAUGCAAUGUUUGUCAGGUUGAAAAAAAAAAAGGCUUUGACUUGCUCAGGUUUGAAAAACCGGCCUCAAAGGGUGCU